AUGAAGGGUCUCCUCUCUGCUCUCCUCGUCGCCAUCGCGACACACGGCUCCUACGCCUCACCAGAACCCCCCAACCCUCCCAUCCGCACCAUCCACACCUUCCCCAAUAACACCUUCCUCGAAAACAUCGCCGUCCGCGCCAACGGCAACCUCCUCCUCACCUCCGUAACCGUCCCCUCCCUCUUCACCAUCGAUCCCACCACCACCAACCCCCCGGCCCCAGCCCUCCACACCUUCCCCAACGCAACCGGUCUCACAGGCAUCACCGAAAUCACCCCCGACAUCUUCGCCCUCGUCACCGGCACCUGGGACCUCUCCACCGGCCGCGCCGCCCUCGGCUCCAUAGCCAUCUGGACCGUCGACUUCACAACCACUCUCUUAGACCCGACGAGUAGCCCCAAGGUCAACUUCGUCACCACCAUCGCCGAGUCGACGGUUAUCAACGGCCUCGCGCGCCACCCUACCAACCCGCGUCUUCUGCUCGCUGCUGACUCGGCUCGUGGCGCGAUUUGGCGGGUGGAUGUGCUUACUGGGGCUGUUGAUGUCGCGUUUGAGGAUGCUGCGCUAUUUACACUCACGGGUACGGAGUCGGGGAAGAAUUUGGGGAUAAAUGGGUUGAAGGCGAGGGUGGAACAUGGGAAGGGGUAUGUGUAUUUUGGGAACCUGGCGAAGGGAUUGUUUGGACGGGUGAGGGUUGACGCGGAAGGUGGGAAGGUUGGAGACGGGGAGGUGUUGGCGACGAGGAAAGGGGUUGUGGCGGAUAUGGAGUAUGAUGAUUUUGCGUUUGAGACGAGGAAGAAUGUGGGGGGUAGGAAAGAGGGGCAUGCGGUGUGGAUGGCGGCACAUCCGAGUUAUUUGGUGAGGGUGGACUUGCGGAGCGGGGAGCAGUGGGUGGUGAAUGAUACGGAGAAGCUGUCGAAGCCGACGAGUGCUGCGUUUGGGAGGGGGAGUAGGAAACAGGAACGGACUUUGUAUGUGACAAAUGGGGGUGAGCAGGUAGAGGGGAACCUGGUCAAUGAGCGGCUUCUGGCCGUUGAUUUGGGCGGCUGCUAA